AAAAACUGCUUUCUGCUUUCUGCUUUCGUGUUCAUAUUCAUGAGUCAUGACACAGACAGACGGCAGAAAAGACUCGCUACUUUUUUUCGCUUAUACUCGUAGCAACUCUCUCUUUCUCUCUCCCUAAAACUAUAUACAUACAUGAUUCAUAUACACAUACAGAUACUUACAUGUCACCUUUAAAAGAUAUAUUCUGUUUCUAGUUUUUCAUACUUCGGUUAAAAGAGAAUUUCCAAUUUCCAUCUGGGUGUUCUCUUUUUUCCUUUUCGUUUAUGCGAUUAACUCCCUCGAAAUUCUCUUGAUUAUUUGAAAUGGGUUUUGGGUCUAAUUUGAUUUUGGUAUUCGUUGGAUUGAUUUUUGUGGGUUCAAGAUUAAUUCAUGGUUUUGGGACCUUUGGAUUCGAUAUACAUCAUAGAUACUCUGAUCCAGUGAAGGGUAUUUUGGAUAUUGAUGAUCGUCACCUACCUCAGAUGGGUUCAGUCGAUUAUUACUCAGCUAUGGCCCACCGUGACCGUCUCUUCCAUCGCCGCCGUCUCGCCGGCGCCGGCGACGCUACCGUCGAAUCCUCUCUAGCGUUUGUUGACGGCAAUGAAACUUAUCAGCUUCCUUCUCUCGGAUUCUUGCAUUAUGCAAACGUAUCUGUUGGAACUCCAAGUUUAUGGUUUCUUGUCGCACUCGACACAGGAAGCGACUUGUUUUGGAUACCUUGUGAUUGUCGAAGCUGUGUCAAAGGAUUAGUCACAAGAUCAGGAAGACAGCUUGAUUUCAAUAUAUACAGCCCAAAUACGUCUUCAACAAGUACAAGAGUUCCUUGUGAUAGUAGUUCGUGUAGAUUAAGAAAACAAUGUUCAGCAAGACCCGAAAUUUGUCCAUAUCAAGUGAAUUAUCUUUCAAGUAACACCUCAUCAACUGGAAUCUUGAUAGAAGACACUUUACAUUUAACAACAGAAGACACUUCAUUGAAAGCCGUUGAUGCAAAGAUCAAGUUUGGGUGUGGAAUGAUCCAAACGGGGUCAUUUUUAGAUGGGGCAGCUCCAAAUGGGCUAUUUGGGCUUGGAAUGGAGAACAUGUCGGUUCCUAGUAUUUUAGCAAGUAAUGGUCUUACUGCUAAUUCAUUCUCUAUGUGUUUUGGUUCUGAUGGAGCUGGAAGAAUCAAUUUUGGAGAUACAGGAAGUUUGGAUCAAGGAGAAACACCAUUGAAUCUUGAUACACCUCAUCGAACGUAUAACAUUAGCAUGACACAAACAGUUGUGGGAGACAAUGUUACAAAUGUUGAUUUCAACGCGAUAUUCGACACUGGCACUUCAUUCACUUAUUUGAAUGAUCCCGCAUACUCGAUUAUUAGUGAAAGCUUUGCUUCACAGACAGAAGAGACUCGGAGUCAACCAAGUGACCUUCCUUUCGAGUAUUGCUACGGCAUAAGUCCGGGGCAACAGACGUUUGAAGCGCCACCGUUGAAUCUAACAAUGAAAGGAGGAGACCAGUUUUCCAUCACCAAUCCAUUUGUUAAUGUUCCUCUUGAAGAUGGUGGAUCCGUGCUUUGUUUGGGUAUCGUGAAAAGCGAGGACAUAAAUAUCAUUGGACAAAACUUUAUGACGGGGUAUCGAGUAGUAUUCGAUCGCGAGAAGAAUAUUUUGGGUUGGAAACCUUCUAAUUGUUACAAUGCUAUAGAAUCAAAUACAUUACCAAUAAGUCCACGGGCCUCACCCAAGGGUUCACCGUCUAUGUCUGUGGGACCCGAGGCCACGGCUAGGAACGGUUCACCGAGCUCGAGUCAGAUGCAGCCAGGAAAUGGUGCAUAUGGGUUGAUGACAUCAUCAUAUACAUAUUUCAUAGUUAUUGUUGCCAAUUUUUUCAUGGUUUUGUUGUAAUUUUUUUUUCCAUUUGUAGAGUUACAUUGGUAUAUCAUGCUAUGAUACACGGUAUAGAGUAUAGAAUCAUAUCACAUACAUAUAGAGAUACAUUUCCAUUCUUAUUUAGUUUUGGUGUAUAUAUAUAGUUUUGAUUGUUGAGAUGGAUUCUGGUUUACAUCUACUAAUAAAAUAUGAUGUCUUUCUGCUA